CCCACUCUCUGUCUCUCUCUCUCAGACACAUGGCCGUGCAUUGAUUUGAGCUGCGCAGCUCAGCUUCACGCUCACAGACGAGGCUCAGCACAGCUGCAAGGAAGUAGCACUCACUCCUCUCUUCCUGCCUCGCCAUCAGCACCGUGCUCCGCUUCUCAGAGACACAGAGACCUUCCACUCAGACAGCGCUGGGGAUUCUGUACUUAUUUUCUGACCUCCCUCACUCUAUCUCGCACUCGUUAUCUCCCUCCCUCUCUCUGGGUCUCCAGUGCAGCACUGGGGCCACAGGAUGGAGGCUCUGGCUAUCUACACCUUUCGAGCCACGGAGAGAGAUGAGCUCAGCUUCCAGAAGGGAGACAUACUGAAGAUCACAAAUAUGGAAGAUGACCCUAACUGGUACACUGCUGAGCUUAUGGGCAGACGGGGCUUUGUGCCCAAAAAUUAUAUCAAUUUAAGGCCCCACACGUGGUUCGCCGGGCGGAUCUCCAGAAUCGUGGCUGAGGGGCGGUUACGGCAGCGGGAGUGCGGGGCCUUCCUGGUCAGGGAGAGUGAGAGUGCGCCUGGCGAGUUCUCCAUGUCUGUCAGAAGUUAUGGGGACCAUGUGCAGCACUUUAAGAUCCUGAAGGACAGUACUGGGCAGUACUAUGUGUGGGAUGAGGCCUUCAGCUCCCUCAACCAGCUGGUGGACUUCUACAAGACCAACAGCAUCGCCAAGGAGAGAACAGUCUUCCUCAGAGACAGGGAUCAUUCGCUGGGGCGAGCCCGUCAUGCCCAUGCUCUCUUCGACUUCAACCCUCAGCACAUCUCCCAGCUGCGGUUCAUGCGUGGUGAUGUCAUUGACCUGCUGGACUGCUCCGACUCGCAGUGCUGGAAGGGCCGGUGUCAUGGCCGCAUAGGCGUCUUCCCUCCGGAGUACGUCCAGCCCAUCUACCACUGACCCUUCCGGCCUACCCCCUCUUCCCCUUGCCCAAAGAGGCACCAAAAACAAGGUUGGGGGGAACUAGAGGGUGGUGGUGCAGACCCAGUACCAACAAACACCCACAGUACCAUGCUGUUCAUUCCAGACUCCUAUGCUAUUGCACAGUGGACCGUCAGAUCAGCACUUAGACACGACUCAAAGUGAUCGGCACAGAGGACAGUGGAAUUCAGAACUAGUGGGAUACAAUCUGGCAUUAUAGGGUAAUGUACAAAUUAUGUACAGUAAUGUCAGGCUGUGGGGACUGGAAACAUUUUGAGAGUACUAUAGAUGCAAAUGAAUAGCCUCUUCUGUGUCUUCACUUCUACAGUGUAAAUCUGCUCAUUCCAUAAAAGCAAACUGAUGGCUUCACAGGCCAUAUGGUCUCGAAAGUAACUACUGUGACACAAAUAGGACUGUGAAAUCUUGGCUUCUAGAAAUCUUGUACUUGUAUUCAAACAAAGAGAAUCACUGUGGAAAUCAUAAACAUCUCUGGGGGGAAAAAGGACUACACUGCUGUUACUAAAAAAGUAUUUCAUACACACUAAUGAUUUGAUUGAGGUUUGAGGUCUGAACUGAGGACUAGCUGAAAAGUCGUUUUUAAGUUCUGUAUUUUGCGAAAUCCCAAACCUGCCAGAAAUUAAAGACCCGAUUUCCAGGUCAAAGUUAUAAAUAAGACCCCUGCACAACAAAGUUUCUAAAGUUAGCACUUUCUAUGACUUUCAACCAGUCCACAGUGUCCUGCACCUCCUCUUUGAUUUAUUCUUCAUUUGUAUUUUUUUUUUUUGUAAUUCUUAAUAUUUGUUCAUACAGUAAAAGAGAGACACUUUCCCUAAAUGGCAGUUUCAUGUCUAUUACUGUUAUAAACAGGCACUCAAUAUAUGUACAGUAAUACAAAGAAAUGUCACACUAGCUACUCAUAAUGAAGAAUCUGUUCCCUUGUUUCCUGUUAUUGAGACAUGUAAAGAUGUAUUAACACCAAACUCCAAUAAAGAUGUAAUUUUA